AUGGAAUCUUCUGGAUCGUCAGGCUACUCAAGCGAGGAUGGAGUUUUUGACUUGACUGUUGGUUCGUUGACUGUUGGGCAGUUUUGGCAAGCCGUACAAAAUUGGGGGGUUGGAGGACACCAGCUUGCUAAGAUCUCUAUGCGUGGUACUGAAGGGGAUAUUGAUGUUUGGAACAAUCAGAACCCUAUCCCAGUUAAUGAAUCUAUGGAAGAAUUUCUGCGUGAUGGGACAAUUGCUUUUAAUCAGCAACUUCAAUUGAAAAAUCUUCCUCAAAAUUUUCCGUAUGUUAUUGAUGGGGCCGUCAUUUUGCAAGUCAGAAUUGUUGAACCGGCGCAUUUUGUUGGUGCGAUUGAUUUUCUUGACUGCCUGGUAAUUUUAAUGUCUUUCCAAAGUACACGGAAUUCUUUGCUUAUAGGCCCUUUUUUCUCCGUGGUUGAAAUAGGAUAA